AUGCGCGACGGGGAAAAAAGAGCACCAUUUGCGAGCUCGAGGGAGGGAUCGUUUGACGGGGAGGGAGGGAAGAGGAAGCCUGAUCUGGCCAUGACAUCCAAGCGGGCAUUGUCGCAGCCAUCUGGUUCGGCAUCAUCAUUGCAGAAGGCCCGGCGCGUAGAGGGCGGCAGUUCCGCCGCAGCCGUACUGCACUUCGGCUCAUCGCAACUGCGUAUCGGGACCAGCGGAUACAAUGCUGAUCACUGGGUCGGCUCGUACUACCAUGCCGUCCUGGAGAAGGGAUCCAAGCAGCAGUUUCAGAAGUACACAGACAGAUCCACGCGCACAUCACAUGCAUGUCUGCGUGUCACCCGUGUGUGUGUGCGCGGUGCGUAGGUAUUCUUCCGAGUUCGAUUGCGUGGAGAUCAACGCCACCUUCUACAAUCUCCCAGUCGACAAGACGUGGCGCGGCUGGAAGGUAACCUCACAGCGCAGCGGCUGCCAUGAUUCCUUCGUUCGGUGUGAGGGUCCUUCCUUGCCUGAUGCACUCACUGCACCUGCAUCUCAGGCGCAAGCUCCUCGGGCGUCCUUCACGUAUGUCAUCAAGGCCAACCAGUACUUCACGCACACCAAGAAGCUGAUUGUGGACGACAACUUCAAGAAGCGGUGGGGGAUCUUCUGGGACCGCUGUCAGCUGCUGGGAGAGCACCUGGGGCCCAUCCUCUUCCAGCUCCCGCCCACAUUCAAGUGCAACGCCCAGCGACUAGCUAACCUCUCCACCGUGCUGCCCAAAGACGGUACGCGAGCAGGCACCUGACACACACAGACAGUGACCGGUCUGUCUCUCUCUCUCUCUGUGUGUGUGUGUGUUGGGUGUGUGGUGUGCAGGUCGUUUCGUGUUUGAGUUCCGCCACCCGUCGUGGUUUUGCGAGGAGGUGUACCGCGUGCUGCGGGCCCACGACUGGUGCCUGUGUCACAUCCACCUCGUCAACUGCAUCAACUCCCUGGACGACAAAAAGAGCAAACAGAAGUGGGCUGGCCAUAUGCAGGACGGUGAGAUGUCAUGUCAUCUGGCGCAUCGCAUCGACCGAUCAGAAUGUGCGUGUGGUGUUUAUUGCAAAACUGUCCCCCUCCCCCUUCAGGUUGGCACCGGCCGCUUGAUGCCGACUCGUGCUGCUCCUGGGGCGUGUACAUCUGGCUCCACGGGACGCUGGGGAUGUACCUCGGCUGCUACCCUUCGAGCGACCUGCAGGCGGUGGCGAAUCGUAUGCGGGCCUUCACGAAGGGGCCCGAGAACCGACAUCGCACGACCUACUACAUGCUCAACAACACUGACGGGGGGCUGCACACGGCUGACGGGGGCUGCGUGCAGGAGCCCUCUGCGGUCGUCGACGCGCGAGCCGUCGACGACCUGUUGGCAGGGCGGCAACCCUCCUUUGGGUUGCACCCCCAACAGACCUUCAUGCCCGGUGAGUCAGAACCUCGCCACAACACGGCCACAGAUGCGAUGCGUGCCUUGCCUUGACCGAUCCUGAUGCCCACUCCCUUGUGUGUGUGUGUGUGUGUGCUGUGUGUUCAGGUGAGGACCUUGAGCUCGCUGAGGCGAUUCGCCUGUCGCUGCAGGCAACACACCAACAGGUACACAGGACGGUCUGUCUGUCUGUCUGUGUGUCCGUUGCUCACGUCAAUUCUGCGUGUGUGUCAGGCGCCUGACAUAGGUGAGUGCCGCCCUGCCUUGUCUGUCUGAUAACUCACUCAGUGUUGCCGACGUGUGUGUGUACGCGGAUGUGUGUACGCAGCUGAGGAGAAGGAGGACCCUGAUCUCGCGAAGGCGCUGCGUUUGUCGCUGCAGGAGACACAUGAGCAGGUAAGGUACCCAGCGCGCGUGUCACACGUACACACAUACACAUGUCUGUGUGUCUGUCUGUCGUGCGUGUGUAUGCCAAUGAUUGCACUGCAUGCGUUGGAUGGGAUGGCAUCCCAUGCAGGCUCUUCCCCCUCCCCCCGACGAGCCCGCGUCUGGCGACCCCACCUGUAGUCUGCAGGUAGGAGGGAGGGAGGCCCAGCCAGCACUUGCCACACCACAAUAUAUGUAUGGUAUCUUCACUCUAUGUAUGCUGUCAGGUCCGUCUGCCUUGGGGCGCCCGCAUCACUCGCAAGUUCGCGCCGUCACACACCAUCAAGGUACGCUCGUAAUUGUCGACGGGAUGUUGCACACCACACAGACAGACAAAUUCAUUCCCUCCCUUUCGAUCCAUCGAUGUGCGUGUGCGGGUGUGUCUUGUCGUGUGUUCGGUGACUGGCUGACAGGACGUGUUCCAUUGGGUGGAGUGGGAGCAGCUGGGCGGCAUCGAUCCCAAACUCAGCCAGAGGGACAGAUGGUCACUUGUUGCGUUUCCCAGGUCAGCCCACACAGAGGGCGCUGAAUAGAGACAGAGAGGGAGAGAGAGUGGACAGACUCAUUCUUUCUGCAGGAAGAGAUAUGCAAGCGAGAAGGGUCGCCGGAUUUUCGCGUACGAAGGCGCCGAGGUGAGCGGCGGCUGACAGCAGCACAUCAGCCAGCCAACGUUUGUGUGCCUGAUAGAUGUGGAGUGUGGUGUGGUGUGGUGUGUGUGCGCGCAGGACCUCGUGUCUGACGUGUCGGAUUCCACGCUGCAGUCGCUGGGUUUCCAGACGCAGGAGACUCUCAACCUGCAACCAUGAUUGAUCAAGCUGCCUUCCUGCCUGCCUGGCUACGUGUGUGCGGACUACCACUGUGUGUCUGUGUGUGUAUAUAUGUUUCUCCAACAGACAGACAGACAGACAGACAUCGAUGUGAUGGGCAUGCGGAGAGUGCGUGUCAUUAACCAGCCUGUGGUGGAUGGGGGGAGAUGGAUGU